AUGACCACCACCGCUUCGGCCGAGAUGUUCACCACCGCCAAUCACCCACUUUCCAGUUCGAUGAGCUUCAACGUCUACCUGGGCAAUCCGAAUGAGAACCCCGGGCAAGCUCCCCUGGGCACGGUCGGCCCCGGCGAACUCACGGGCAUGGUCGAAGUCGAUCUCAACGUCGACGAGACGGGCAACGGAACGGUUCAAUUUCUCGGCUCGGUAAUCGUGUCCGAGGACCUUACCGGGACGUUCGAUCUCGGACCGCUGGGAACCCUGGACUACAUCUACGAAGAUGUGGUCUUCUCUUGGGCCACGGCAGAAUAUGACGUAAUCGAUGGUGAAUACACGGCCCCGCUCGACACCGAUGUCAUGCUCAGGUGGACGAGCGGAACGAUUAUCGUCGGAAACGCCACCGGACCGCUGGCAGACUUCAUCGGAACCGGCACCAUCGUCGACUACGAUUACGCCCUCCGACCAUAUCUGGCGCGGUGGAUCGAAGAUCCUCCCGACUACUUCCACGGCACCGCCGAUUCCGGUCCGGGUGGAUUGGUUGAUGCCGCCGAACUAAGCCUCAUCAUCCCCGAGUCCGCCCAUCCCUUCCAGGAAGUUGAAGGCAUCGGUGUGUUCUACCUCGGCUACGAAGCAUCCGUCUACGUUGCCACCCCCGAACCGGCCGCUACGUUCACCACCGCCAAUCAUCCACUCUCCAGUUCGAUGAGCUUCAACAUCUACCUGGGGGACCCGAACGACAACCCAGGACAACCACCGCUGGGUUCCGUCGGUCCCGGCGAAGUGACCGGCAUGGUGGAGAUCGACCUGAACCUCGACGCGAUGGGCGACGGCACCGUUCAGUUUCUCGGCUCCGAGCUAAUGACCGAGAACCUGGUGGGCACUUUCGACCUUGGUCCACUCGGCACCCUCGACUACGCCUAUGAAGACGUCGUUUUCUCCUGGGCCACGGCGGCCUACGACGUCGAGGAUAACGCCUACAUGGCGCCGCUCGACAACGACGUGAUGCUCCUCUGGACCGCCGGGACCAUCGUUUUGGACAACGCCACUGGAGCGCUCGCCGACUUGGUGGGCACCGGCGUCAUCUUCGAUCUCGACUACAACGCCCGACCGCUGCCCGUGCUGUGGGGCGACGAUCCUAACGGCGGUUUCCACGGCAACGCCGACUCGGGCCCCGGCGGCUUGAUCGAUGCCGCCGAAGUCAGCCUCAUCAUCCCCGAGGCCAUCUACGAGUUCCAAAACAUCGAAGGCAUCGGCCAGUUCUUCAUCGGCUACGAAGCCUCCGUCUACGUCGCCACACCCGCGCCACGCAUGAACGCCAACUCCAUCGCCAAUCCCGCUCACCUCCGCCACGAACCUAAACGGGUCCAAGCCAUGCACAAUCCACCCGUGCGACCACUACUUUUCGCCGUGCUCCUGCUGGCGACAGUCAUUCCAACCACCAACGCGGCUACCUUCUCCACGGCCAACCAUCCCCUGACGAGCUUCCUCAGCUUCGAUUUUUAUAUUGGAAACCCGAUGGAGGACCCCGGCCUGCAGCCGUUGGGGACCAUUGGCCCAAUUGAAUUGAACGGUUCGGCCGAGCUUGAUGUCGUUCUCGACGGCCUGGGCGAUGGCUCGAUCGAGUAUGUCGAUGCUGAUCUAGAACCCGACGACAUAUCCGGCACGUUCGAUCUGGGCACGCUCGGUACGGUCGAUUUCGCCUUGCAGAAUAUCCACAUGAAAUGGACUACGGCCGCCAUCGAUGUCGACGCGAACGACUACAUGACCAUCUUCAACGACGACACCACGUUGAUCUUCGAUGCCGGAAUGAUUGUGUUGGAGAAUGCCACCGGUCCGCUGGCCGACCUCGUAGGGACCGGUAUUCUGUACGAACACGACUACGGCGUGAAUUCCCACACGGCCUACUGGGGCGACACCGACCAAGGCUUCUUUGGCUAUGUCGACAACGGCCCCGGCGGCCUGCUCGACGUGGCCGAAGCAGAUCUCUUCGUGCCGGGAGUUAUUUUUCCCGGGCUAAAUGUUCCCGGCCUCGAUGACUUCUACCUGGGUUGGAACGCCGAAGUCCACAUCGCGGUACCCGAACCCGGCACGUUUGCACUAGCAGCCAUCGGCCUCGGAUGCCUGGCAAUCUUCCCCCGCAAACGAGCCCGUACCCACAGUGCAUAA